AUGGGUGUUGACUCCGACAAGCCUCCUCCACUUCCUGCCCCGACCGAGACCGAUUCCACCACCCCCACCGAACUGGCGACCGAUGUUUCCAGGCCAAACGACGAAACCUCCCACUACUCUCUGCCCGAGGACGGCACUCCCGUCACCAUCAAGACCCGCGGCCACAGACCCAAUCGCUCCCAGACCUCGUUGCUGAUUGAGUAUUUCGAGGGUGGCAAACCUGGCGAUUCCAGCUCGGUUAGCCGCAAGCCCAGCGUCCGCGUGCGCCUGACCCCGUCCAAGAAGCACCGCCACGACCAUAUCCAAAUCACAGAGACCAAGAGCAGCAGCAGCAACACCCGAAAGACCUCGCUGGCCCGCCGCGUGCCCUUGGCCUCUACCCUAGGCACCUCCACCGUAGCCUCCUCUCAUCAUCUCGACGUCGAAGCCCUCGAGGGCGAGGACGGAGACAGCAUGCGGUCCUACGCCUCCGCCACCGAGGAGUCCAAUGUCUCCAAGAACCCCAUCGACAUCGAAAUCGACCGCAGCGGAGGACGCCGUCGAAGGCCGGCGAGCCCUUUGAUCCCCGACGCCGACGCCGCUCACGAGUCAACGUACUUGCCUCCCAACAUGUCCGAGAUUUCGGCCAUUCCUAACGACAGCUUCCUCGACGGUUACGACGGCUCUGGAUCGACCGUCUUGACGAAAUCGUCUGAUGUCAAGCGAGGCAAGAGUUCGAGUCGAGGCGGUGAACUGGCUGCCGGUGCCGCUGGCGCAAUGGCUGGCGCAGCUGCUGCGGAUCAAGUGAGGAGCAAGAAGAGACACAGCGGCGAGCGAAAGGUGUCGAAUGAGAGAUCAAAAGAAAAGGAGCGCAAACAUCGCCCGAGCAAAAGUCGAACGAGCAGCAUCAGCGAGAAGCAAUCCGAGACUGGAACGCGAUCGCCUAGGCGACGCUCUAGUCGCAGUCAUGUUGACUCUGUUGUGUCUGGGGUGGAUUCCAGCAUUCUCACAUCCAGCAUUUCUCCCAGCCACCGCUCCUAUGACCAGAGCUCUGUCCGCUCUGGAGCAUCAAAAUCUUCAAUCAACAACCCCAAAUUGUUGGAGACCGUCGAGGACGCCAUCCGACGACUUAUUCUGCCAGAACUGAGCGCUUUGAAACGGGAGCAGAGCAAGCGCGAAAGUAGGCGCAGCUCCAUCACAUCUACCGGCACUGGCACGUCUCUGUCUCGCGAGGACCUGGGAGUAGACCGACGCAGGUCUUCUACCAAAGGCAACGAUUCGGCCCGCGACAGCCGCCACCGCGAGCGCAGAGAUCGGGAAGCUCGACACGACUUCGUCGACUCACCCCGCAGCAUUGCCGGCGAAUCAGUUGAAGGAGAAUCAGUACUCUCAGUUGACGACACGCCGCGACGAAGCAAUGGAGCUCUCAAGGCUGCAGCGGGAGGUGCGGCAGCCGCUGGACUCGCCGCGGCUGCUCUGAGCGCGGCUUCGCCGGCCGCCGACGACAGACGACAACGGAGAAGGCGUCGCGCUGACGGCUCCGCCCGUAGCCGCAGCUUAGGCCGAGAGAAAUUCGACGAGGAGUAUGAGGAGGAAGAAGUACCUGCUCCACCGAUGCCGCUCAUGAGUGAAAUCAACCCCUCUGAGAUGACUCGCACAUCAAUCCUGUCGGCUGAUACCGAUCGUCCUCACUCAGCGAUGGAGGAAAGAUUGCCCACGGUUCAAGAGGUCGCCAAAGGCAACGUCACCUCGAUCAACGCGACCUCAGCCAACUCCACGCCAACGCCUACUCAAACGCCAGCUUCAAACUUGCAGCAAACUCUCGGCACGAAGCACGCCAACAUAUCGCACGGUGACCUGAGGGAGCUCUCCCGCACACGCACCGGCGAGUUGACAGAACAAAUAGACAACUACAACAGCCCUGUCCAGCCGCUCCGCGAUGAGUAUGAUGAUUACGACGACCGAAGCGGUCUCACAGAGGGUGAUGACUACGACGACUCUCACGAGUAUGACUACUACAACACGCAGGAUGUACCGCCCCCGUUGAAGUACGUCCCGUACCAACCAGAACGCCGCGGCCUCAGCCCAAUUUACAGUGUGUCCGGAUACACUGAGGGCGGCAGUGAGGCUGCGCAACGCGACUCCAGGCUCUCACACGGCACUGCGUCACCGACAAAGUCUCACCCAUCUCAAGCAGACAUGAGAGCUCUGUCUCCCUCGUCUUCGAUACCUAGCAAUGUAAUGGGCAGAGGGUUUGACGAGCAAUCUCUGGAUGAGCGCAGUGUUCGUAGUGCUCAGGAUUUCCGCAACAGCCAGAUGACUGAGAACAGUGAGGCUGGUUUCCCUGCCAGUCAAAUCACCGAGAGUCAAAUCACUGGGAUGACUGGGAACAGCGAAGCUGGUUACCGCAACAGUCAGAUGACGGAGAACAGCGAUGCUGGGUACCGCAACAGCCAGUACACCGAGAACAGUGAUGUUGGAGUCCCCGGUCAGGCUGUGCGCGGCAUAGUCGCCAACCCUAACAUUGUCCAUGUCCCCAAUGGGGUCGAAUCCAACGUGGCCUCUCUCAUUGACGGAUCGAUGCUUGAUCAGUCCAUUAUGACCACAGGGUCUGGUUACGAUUACGGAAGAGACUCACAAAUCUCCUAUGGCGACUCCAACGUGUCAUACGUCCGGGACUCUCAAAUCUCUUACGACGCCCCAACUAAGAGCCAGGCGCAGUCAAGAGACGUCAGUCCCGAGAAACGCUCUGUGGCCAGCCAGCGUGAAUUCUUCGAGCAGCGAGAGCGUGAGAGCAGCAGGACACCUACCUCGAGCCGCCAAAGCAGGUCGAGAGAGUUCAACGGAGAGUACGAGAUUGAUGAACACGGCAGAAAGAUCCCCACUGCCAGAUACAGGAACUCUCCUUCCACCUCGACCAGACACUCGCCGACAGCUUCAGAGAAGGCCAUUGCCGCGGGCGCAGUUGGUGCCGCGGCUGCUGCUCUGCGAGCUGCCAAGGACAAGAAGCAACCGACCGUUGAAGAGGUUGAUGAGGAGGACAAUGAAGACUGGGUUGGAGAUGGUGUCUCAAGGAACAAGUCGUUCAAGCAGCGAACAAUGGAGGGACGCGAGCCUAACCAUACUCCGGCUCACAGCAUCGACCGCCUCGACCUGGACGAUCAACCAAAGAUGGGCGCUAGUGCCAUGCCCACCAUGAAUGAUCCCAUGCCCGAGGUCGGCUACAUGGAUGACGAUGCGUUGACAAACCCGUCCCUCGUUCAGGAGCCCCUUGGCGGCAGUGAUCACGGCAACCGCGGUCACUGGCCCGGCGAUAUCACUCCUCGCCAGAGCGAUGUUGGGCUUCAUGAGCAAUAUGACAGCCAUAAGCAGGGCCACGAUUUCGGUAUGGCCGCCGCUGGUGCUGCUGCGGGAGCUGCAGCCGCCAUGGCUCUCCACCGUCAGCCCAGUCGAGACCCCGCGACCGACGAGAACGAGUGGCGACGCACCUCGGCUGAGCGAAAGCGAGACACUGUCAUCACAAACCCCUACGACGGUGCCAGCCCCAUCGAAAACCCAGAGCUUCUUGGAGCUCGUGGGUUUGACGAUUACGCUGCGCAAUUCCACGGCAGCCCUGGCCACAAAAAUUUCGACGAAGGCUACAUUUCGCAGGGACCCAUGCAAUCGCCCAUCGGACAGCCCAACGGCAAGGCUAUGAUGCCUUUCAAUGGCCCUAACUCGGACGACCCCUUCUACGCGCCCCAACACACAAGGCAUCUAAGUGGCAUGUCUCAGGGCAUGGCUUCUCCCCUUUACGAUGCCUCCACCGGUAACGGCAUCGACAACAUCGAGUCCAAGGACAUUAUUGCUCUGAUGCAACAUCUCAUGGUUCGCGACGCUCAAAGAAGCGCCCGUGACACUGAAAUUCUCGUCACCCUCGUCCGCUCGGCAGCAGAGAUGCGAAACUCCUUCGAGGACCUCAAGAAGCUCCUUGCCAAUACUGAGGACGUCAUUAUCAAGGAGGUCCAGGAGAACACCGAGGAAACGGUCAAGAACGUCAUUGGCGGUCCUCGGCCUUACCCCGGCAGCCUUCCUCCCAGAUCUAUCAAGGCCAGUGGCGCUUCUCAGAAUAGUACUCUGGAUGAGACCACCAAGAAGAGCAACUUCUUCAAGAAGGCCCUCAAAGGUCUCAGCACCAAGGGUACCAACGACUUGAGCCGAAUCGAGGACAUGCUGAACCAGCUACUGAGCGAGGUUGACACCCUCAAGGCACAAACUGUCCGGCCCGGCAUGCCGAGCGAUAGACAAUCCUUUGAGAAUCUUGACCCGGAAGCGCAGUACGACCAAGACCGUGGGUACGAGCCCGAGGGCCAAGCUGGCACCUCCUCUACCAGCCACGGCUCGGGCAUGUCUUCAUUCGGACAAUCGCGUGGUCCUUCCAAGAUGGGGUACGAGCCCAACCGCAUCAGCACCGUUCACGAAGACAACGAGGAGGACUACCACCAGGACAAUUACCGCAACUCCCAGGGUCUCAUGACUCCUACCCGUGAAUUCCAGCGCGGCGGCUCAGUGCCCCUGGGCACCCCACCUCAGCCCGUCCACACCCAGAACGCGUCGUUGAGCAACGAAAAUACGCCGAAGACCGACAAGGGAAAGAAGCACAAGUCCAGAGGAUCCUCCAGCUGGUUUCCCAAGAUUUCCCGAUGGUCUGAAUCGACAGCAACGAGCGUUAGCAAGGCGUUCCGUGUUAGCGGGUCCAGCAAGAAAGAUCAAGAUGAAGAGUUCCUCCAGCAUCCUCCCUCCCGGUCUGGCUCUGAUCUUCGAUUCGAUGAUCGGUAUCAAGACGACUACCAGAGCGAUCAAUUGCACACUGGCUAUUCCCAGCAAGACCUUGCCGCUCCUCCGCGACUGGAGACUAUCCCGCCUGCUCCCAACACCUACAUGACCCCUGAGGAUCCCAAGUACAAGGCGCAUCGCAACUCAGUAAAUCUCCAACACCCUCAGCCUCGUCAAGGACAGACUGAGAGAUUCAAGGCUGCACUUGAGAGUCAAGCUUACGAAUACGACACUCCGAUGUCUCCCAACACCGCUGACUGGGCUGGCUCUGCUACCAGUCUGCACCGGUUGCCAGCAAACGCCAACCGCUAUAGUGGCGGAUCCGGUGCUGCGAACGGCGAGUACUGGAACUCUUCUCCAGCUGGGCCUCCACGACCCCCCAAGGAGCCCAUCGAGGACAGGGCAACCACUCCUUCGAAGCCUCGUAUCUCAAAGUUGGGCUCGAAAAACAGCCCUCUUCCCUACAACAGCGUAGAAAGCGGCUACGGCACCGGCGCUGGCACUCAGCCCAGCAACUACACUGGCAGCCCCAAGCCUGAGAACCGCAACCUCAACGCUGCCCUUGGGAUGCCAGCUCGUCGGCCCAGCGGUCCUCGAGCCAUGACCCCCAAGAGCGCGGAGGAGGAAGCUGCCAGAGAAGAGCGACGCCGCAAGAGAGACACUUUCGGCACUGUCGCCAGCAACGAGACCGACACCUUUUAG